UCCUACUCAAGCGCGGUGACAUGCUUCCCCCAAACUCUCCCACGUCUCCAUCUCAUUCAAAAGGAAGUGCCGUACCCCAAUCUCCGGGGCCAUAGGCUAUGACUUUCCCUCCCACAUGUUCAUACUUCCUGCUUGCCCGUGAUGACUUCAUCAAUGAACCAACCACACCAAGCCUUGUCGACACAACGAGGCAGACCUCGACAGCGGUCGGCUGUGGCCUGCACUUGGUGUCAUUCCAGGCGCGUAAAGUGCAAUGCUGCUGCCAACGGAACGCCUUGUUCCAACUGCGAGACUACAGGUCGUCACUGCAUGCUGAUUGAGAGCAGGCGAGGCAAGAAGCGGAAGCUGUCCACCUCUCCUUCCAUAGCACGCGAGCACAGUUAUAUUGAGCCGCAAACCCCAGGUAUAGUGGCGGCACAUGGCAAUGUCUAUGAUCCCUUGAGAGACAUUCGAGCCUUUCCAAAGACUCCAGCAGAUCGAGUCGUGCAUAAAGACUCGACUUCCACCUCUGACCAUGAAAAGCCUGAUGCAGUGCAGGAACCACAAGAAACUCUCUACACUCAGGUCCUCGACAAAGCCACAAAUGCGGGCGCGGAUCCUGAACUCAGAGACGGUGUAGUGCAUGUUAUGUACAUGGGAGAGACCUUCAACCUCACACACUUGUUACGGCAAACAAACCCUGAGUCUGUCCGCCCUACGCGCAAAAGGCACUAUGUGGUGCGCUUCAAUCCUCGAAGUCGAAAGGCUGACGCCGUCGAGGAUGAAUGUAGUAACGACGACAUAGUCACGACUCUCCUACAACAGCAAGGCGCACUCACUGUCCCUGACGUCCAUACUUGCUCUCAACUCUUCCGCACCUAUUUUGAAUUCGUCCAUCCUCACUAUCCCAUCCUGGAUCGGGCGGAUUUUGCUUUUCAAUAUGCAGAUCCGACCAAUCCUCCUUCGUACCUGCUUUUGCAGUCUAUCCUAUUCAUGGCCGCAGGUCACUGUGAUUUAUCCGUGCUUCUUGAGGCAGGAUUCAAUUCCAGAUAUCACGCCCGGAAGACCUUUUUCCAGCGGGCCAAAGCAUUGUACGACAAUGACCACGAGCCCAACAAGGUCACUAUCGUUCAGUCCGUCUUUCUGAUGAGUUUCUGGUGGAAUGGACCUAUGGAUCAGAAGGACACUUGGCAUUGGCUGGGUAUUGCAAUCAGCCUUGCCCUCACGCUAGGAAUGCAUCGCUCGACCCAGCACUCUGACAUGAAGGCAAGGGAUCGCUCAUUGUGGAAGAAGAUCUGGUGGACUCUCUUCACCGAAGAAAAGCAUGCUGCCACGGCAUUGGGCCGCCCAGUCCAUAUUCGAAGGGUCGAUUGUGACGUCGAGCUCCUCGACCGUACCGACUUCGAAGAGCAGCCAGUGUCGAGGCCUGAAAUCUUUGUAACCCCUGAGCGCGUGGAUGGACUUUAUGUCAUGGCUCUGGUCGAGCUCUCCUUCAUUGCUGAACGCAUUGUUCAUAGCUCUUUCACCGCGUUCAACUCAACAACAUCCAACAACACGGAGAUGUUCCAUUCAUGCUCCGAGGCCCUUGAUCAGUGGAGGUCUCGACUCCCUCCCGAAUUGCAAAUGGAAAAUAGCAGCACCUGUCUCUGGACAAGCAUGCUGCACAUUGCUCACUGCUGGUUCGAGAUCGUUACUCACCGUUCCAUCACUCCGCAAAAUCUGUCACCACCGUCUAUGAAGACUGCCCAUACCCUAGCAAUGGAUGCUGCCAAUCGUAUGGUCAGGAUAGUCGAAGGACUACUCUCCCAGUCGCACAUUUUGCAUUGUCCUAUUCACAUCGUUCCAGCUCUCUUUGCUGCCAUGGGUAUGCAAGCGGUCGAUAUUUGCUCUGGGCAAUCAAUACUGGAGCAGCUAGCCGCGGUCAAAGUCAGGCUUGCCAUGAUAGCUCUUCGCGAGCUUCAAAGUACCUGGCCUGUUAGCGGAUGGAUAUUUCGUCUCUUUUCGAAGAUUGUCCGGCGCAUCAGAAAUGGCGACGAAUUUUGCCCAAACGAACCGGUCAAUGCCUCGCCUAUACAAGUGAAGCCGACGUCUAUGGAAGAGGGAAUGAUGGAACAAGGUCAGUUCAUGGUCCAGCCACCUUUGGUCUCCGACAAGCCUCAGUACCAGGAUCCGAGCCUUACCCAACCUAUGUACGCCGUGCCGAACAACAUUGCCAGUCGCUAUCUCUUCCCCGAGAACACAAAUCUGGCGAUGCCGUUGAGCUAUCCAGCGGAUUGGCAGUCAAUCCUGGAUGAUGGAGCUUGGGGAGACUUUGAGUACGAGUUCUGACCUAUUGGUGCGCUCACUUUUCAGAUAUAUAUUGCGCUGCAGUGCCAUACUGGAAAGUCAAGGAAUCAAUCCGGAUGAGCAGUUUGGCCUCAUCAGGAUGUUUCAGAGCAGUUUGUCGACAUCAUUCGCGGAAAUACACCUCAAGUUCAUUUUGGGAUCUGGUUUGUUGUCCGUAAGGCUGCGCGAGGUUUAAACAGUUUGCCUAGUGUCACUCUGUAUCGACUCAACUAGUGUCACUCUGUAUCGACUCAAUUAGGGUCACUUUUCGCCCCCAGCUUGGCCGACCUUGGGCACUAGGCCUAGGGCCUAGGGAGCCUCCACAGGUGCUUCGAACACCCACGGAAGGUGUGCCGAACGUGCAAUAACCUGCUCAACCGCAUUUCGACACCUCCAUGU